GGGAAAAAAUUCCUCCAAAAUCCCAAACCCUCCCCCAUCAAUCCGUCGCUGCUUCGACCGACCUCCGCGUGGAGAUGUCCAAUCAGCGCGGCGGCGGAUACGGGGGCCGCGGCGGCGGCCAGGUGAGCCUCAGCCGCGACGGAGGAGGUGGCGGCGGUGGGGUUGCCGACGCCGACGAAGACGGUUUUACUCCUGUCAGAAGCCAGAGCCGCAGGAGAAGCAGCGGGGGCGGCGGAGGCGACGGGGCCAGCGGUGGAGGCGUCCCCCUCGAGCCAAGCGGACGAGGUCCAAGGAAUGUACCUCGGGGCCCGCACUCCCAUGGGCACGACGACCACGCGCAGCAGCAACAGCAGCAUCGCGGCCGUGGCAUCGCGGACCGCGGCGGAGGCGGCUGGAAUCACGGCAGGGCCGACAGCGACAGCUCUUACGGUCGACACCAGGGCCACGGCGGAGGCGGCUUCCAAGGCCAGCACCGCUCGUCGCAGGAGCAGCAGCGUCGCAACUGCCGGCCGUACGACCCGCCAUGGUGGGCGCUGAAGGAGACCCCACAGGCGACGAGCUCGCCCUCUUCGGGACCUGUUGGCUGUGCUGUCCCACUUGAAAAGAUAGAAGUCAAACUUAUUGUGAACCACUUCAGAAUCAUGUUUGGGGUAUCAGCUAUCUUUUGCUAUGAUAUCAAGCUAUCUUCUGGGGCUUCAGGAAGCUUGGACCUCUCCAUGGCAGACCAGAGUUUUGUAAUGGCUAAACUCUUGGAGAUACUUAAGCGGCCUCCAGAUUCAUUAGCUGCUGUGUCUGAUGGCAAGGGCCGUCUGUUCACCUCCGCCGAACUGCCAGAAAGUGUAUAUCAAGUGGAAGUCCGUUCACGGACCUACAAUGCAUCAGCAGAGCUCAAGCAGAAGCUGCUGCCGAGGGAAGCCCUUCAGCCACCUGUGGCUAAAGGGAUCUUGCCGGCUCUUGAUGCCAUUGUGCGUGAGGCCUCUAGCUCAGGCAAGAUUAUCAUCGGUCAGACAUUUUAUUCACAGCAGCAGCGUCCUAAGAUCAGCUAUCAUGAUGGGGCCUUUACUAUUGAAACUCUGAAAGGAACCACGCAGACCUUAAAAGCCACCGAGCAAGGGCUGGUGUUAUGUGUGGACUGUGCAGAUAUGGAAUUUUGCAAAGAUGGAAGCCGUGUUCUGGAUCUUGUUAAGCACUUGGUGAAGCGGCUUGACACUGGGAUUCCCUUUGACAUGGAAACAACUCUGGACGAGAAACAACGGAAAUAUUUGGAGCGUCAGCUGAAAGGCCUCUGUAUCACAGUGAAUUACCUGAAGAAGUCCUCCAAAGGGAAAGACAAUGGGACCAGAAUUCGGAAGUACAGGGUUCAAGGUUUAACAGCUGAGCCUGCACAACUUAUCACCUUUGAGGAUUUCGAUGCAGGGAAGCCCCCCCAUAAGCUUGUUGAGUAUUAUCGUGAGCAGUAUGAAGUGGCGAUUAAGUAUAAGAUGCUUCCAUGCUUGGAUUUGAGCACCAAAAAUGGCAGACCAAAUUAUGUCCCGAUUGAGCUCUGUAGUCUUCAUCGAAGGCAGAAGUAUCCCAAGGACAAUAUGCUAAAGGGUUCCAAGCAUAAGCCGAGGGACAAGCCACUUAAAUCAGAGGCCCGUAAAAAGAUGAUUCUGGAUAUGGUAGAACCUCCAGAAGGGCCUUGCAGCAGUAGCAGAGGCCAGCAAUUUAACAUUACAUUGAACAGAGGGAUGACAGAAGUCACGGGUACUAUUCUUGCUCCUCCUACCCUGACACUUGGCUCCUCCAGUGGCCGCCGCAACUACAAUAUCAGCAAGAAAAACUGCCAGUGGAACCUCAUGAAUGAUAUGAUGCUGAUAGACGGCAAAGUACUGAAGUGCUGGGGCAUUCUCGACUUCAGUGCUACGUCAUCUGACUCCUUCCAGGAAAAGCUUGAUGUAAAAAAGUUCAUUGGCAAUAUCGUCAGAAAGUGUGUUGCCCUUGGUAUUCACAUGGAGAAAAAAGAUUGUACUGUGGUUCGUUCAGAAAUGUCGGUGCUAUCUGAUCCGGGCAAACUGCGUGAGAAGCUUAUCCAGGUGAAGAAGGAUGCCGAGAAGCACACACAGAAGAAGCUGCAGCUCCUCUUCUGCCCGAUGUCUGAGCAGCACCAUGGAUACAAGAUACUGAAGAUGAUCUGUGAGACAGAGCUGGGAAUCCAAACCCAGUGUCUGUUGAGCCAGGUGGCAAACAAAGAAGGCAAUAGCCAGGACCAGUACUUGUCCAACCUUACCCUCAAGAUCAACACUAAGCUCGGAGGCAGCAACAUGCGCCUAUCUGAUGAGCUUCCAAAGGUGACUGGCACAAGUUUCAUGUUCAUCGGCGCGGACGUGAACCACCCGCCUCCACGAGACACGGAGAGUCCGUCGAUUGCAGCUGUUGUGGCGUCCAUGGAUUGCCCUAGCGCCAGCCAGUACGUGACGAGAAUCCGUCCCCAGAGGAACCGCCAGGAGAAGAUCGACAACCUUGGUACCAUGUGUAAGGAGCUCCUCGAAGUUUACAAGAAGAGGAACGGCGGCGUCAAGCCAGCAAAGAUCAUAUACUUCCGCGACGGUGUGAGCGACGAGCUGUUCGAUAUGGUCCUCGACAAGGAGCUAGUGUCAAUGAAGGAAGGUAUCUGCGAGGGUGGCUACUCGCCGACGAUCACAGUGAUCGUGGCCAAGAAGCGGCACCACACGCGGCUGUUCCCCAACGACAGAAAAGAGCUGCGGACAGAUAACGGCAAUGUGCUCCCUGGCACGGUCGUCGACACCGUCGUGGUCGACGGGUCGCACGAUGACUUCUUCCUCUGCAGCCACGAUGGGCUGCACGGGACAAGCCGGCCGACGCACUACUACAUGCUGAAGAACGCGCACGGCUUCGAGCGCGUGGACCUGCAGAAGCUGGUGUACCGCAUGUGUUUCGUGUUCGCGCGCUGCACCAAGCCGGUGUCGCUGACGGCGCCCAUCAAGUACGCCGACAUCGCGGCCUACCGUGGCAGGGACUACUACGACAGCAGGAUGGCGUCCCUGCAGUACCACCAGGUCCCCGCGGGUCCUCCCCUGUUCAGGGAUAUGCCCGAGGUGCACGAGGCUCUCAAAGACAGCAUGUUCUUCAUCUGAUGGCGCCUGCUUUUCAGCGUGGUAAGCCCCAAUCCAACCCUGCGUUCUGCUUCUUGUCUGCGCCUUCUUGCUGUGUAUGGUGAAGGCCUUUGGCGCUUCUGUUAGGGUACAUGUUUGCUGUGUUCAGUACUACAAUGCUCGUCAAAUUGACUCUUUACAGCUUUGCUGUGUUCUGUACAUGCUCGCCAAAUUGGCUCUUACAGCUUUGCUGUCUUGUGUACAUGCUCGCCGAAUUGGCUUGUUACAAACUUGUUCUGCACACAUUCUGUUACUGUAAAAGUGUAAAUCAACAAAGAACUACUUUCAGUCUUC